AAAGGGGAAGGCACAGAAAUACCCCACAGAGAGAUCAGAAUAUUAGUCUAGAUGCCAAGAGCUGCAGAGGAGACAGCUCCUGUACCAAUGGCUGUGAGCAGGAGUGUCCUGGAGGCAGGUGUCUGUGUGAUGGGGCAUGUGCCCCAUACUGGUACUGAGAGGGUAAUGGGAGCUUUGGAACUCAAUUCACCCAAUUCACCUAGCCUGAAAGGAGGAGCAGAGUCGGAGAGCCUGGGAGAAGUACAGUGGUGGAGCUGAAACGUGGCCUGUCUGCAGGGCUGAGCUGUGUGAAGAGACUGGCCACCACAGGACAGCAUGACGGUCAGCCGGGGGUGCUAGAGAGGAAGGAGCUGCUAUGCAAGACCCAACGAGGAGGGGGCGAGCCACUUCUCCCAGGCCUCCAACUUCGAGGCAUCUGCUGCCUGAGCCAGCUACUGCUGCUGCUCCCAAGAAGUCUCAGAGGGCAGGAGGGAAAAGGGUGUGGCAGGAAUCCCAGCCUCUGAGGAGGAAGAAGAUCAUCAUAGCGUGGGAAAGACGCAAGCUGCUGGUAUCUGACCCCGGGAUUUAUGCUGCUAAUCUGAUUACUGUAUGAUGGAAGUGUCCAGUUGGAAGGAGAUGGAGGUGGCACUAGUCAGUUUCGACAACACUGAUGAGAUAAUGGAAGAUCCCUGUUAUUCAAACGACUUCAGCACUGCUGCCCAAUUACAGAAGGGGCAUCCCAGCUGUGCCAGCCUCUUACCCCACUGGAGAAUCCUCCUCAAUAGCGAGAACACCAACAAUGAGACCAUUUUCUCCAAGUUCUCUGCUGAGUUCGGCGAGCACCUGAUGGGGGAACGGGAGGGCAUGGACGAGGGUGAACAGAGAGUCAUCAUCAACAUUGCUGGGUUGAGGUUCGAGACGCAGCUCAAAACCCUCAAUCAGUUCCCAGAGACACUACUCGGGGAUCCGGAGAAGCGGAUGCGCUACUUUGACUCCAUGAGAAACGAGUAUUUCUUUGACAGGAACAGGCCCAGUUUCGAUGGGAUCCUCUACUACUACCAGUCCGGUGGGAAAAUCCGGCGCCCGGCCAAUGUCCCCAUAGAUGUCUUUGCCGAUGAAAUCACCUUCUAUGAGCUGGGCAAUGAAGCCAUGGACCAGUUCAGGGAAGAUGAAGGGUUCAUCAAGGACCCUGAGACUCUUCUGCCCACUAAUGACUUUCACAGGCAGUUCUGGCUGCUGUUUGAGUACCCCGAAAGUUCCAGUGCGGCCAGGGGCGUGGCUUUGGUCUCAGUCUUGGUCAUCGUUAUUUCCAUCAUCAUCUUCUGUGUGGAGACCUUGCCCGAGUUCAGGGAGGAACGGGAGUUCAAGGCCAUCAAGGAUGCCACUAACAACUUGACCAAAGCCAACCUGGCCCCGAGCACCUUCACGGACCCCUUCUUUGUCAUAGAGACAGCCUGCAUCAUCUGGUUCUCGUUUGAACUCUUCGUCAGAUUCGUGGUCUGCCCCAGCAAGGCUGCGUUCUUCAGGAACAUCAUGAAUAUCAUCGACAUUGUGUCCAUCAUUCCCUACUUCGUGACACUCAUUACUGAGCUGGUCCAGCACAGCGAACAAAAUGGGCAGCAGAACAUGUCCCUGGCGAUACUGAGGAUCAUCCGCCUGGUCCGGGUCUUCCGCAUCUUCAAGCUCUCGCGGCAUUCCAAGGGCCUGCAGAUCCUGGGGCAGACCCUCAAGGCCAGCAUGCGGGAGCUGGGCUUGCUCAUCUUCUUCCUCUUCAUCGGAGUCAUCCUGUUCUCCAGCGCCAUCUUCUUUGCAGAGGUGGACGAGCCACAGUCUCAUUUCUCCAGCAUCCCUGAUGGGUUCUGGUGGGCCGUGGUCACCAUGACAACUGUCGGCUAUGGAGACAUGUGCCCUACCACGUUGGGUGGGAAGAUAGUGGGGACCCUGUGUGCUAUUGCGGGGGUAUUAACCAUCGCACUCCCUGUCCCGGUCAUCGUCUCCAACUUUAACUAUUUCUACCACAGGGAGACGGAGAAUGAAGAGAAGCAGAUUCUACCCAGGGAAGUGGAGAAAAUACUUACCAGCAUGGCUGCGGCCAAUGGCAGCAUGGAGUCCUUGAACAAAACCAAUGGGGGUUGUGACCAUGACAAGCCCAGGAAAUGAUGACAGAUCAUGGGCUUGAAAGGACUGCCUGGUAUCAGAAUGGAUUUGAUCAAUGAAUUGGGUGUAAACCAUCAGCACUCUGUAAUUUUUUAAAAAAACACAGUAUGCUUUUUUUUUUUUGGUAGACAUUUUGCAAUCCUCCGGUUUCCUGCGGCCGUUCAAAUAAA